AUGUGGUCUGCUCUCCUCCUUCUCCUCUUUACGAACCCUGCCGUCGGUACAUCUGUCCAACCUCGAGCCAUUAUUGACCCGACCAUCAAAACCGCCACGCUGUACGGUGUCAUUGCGCAGUAUGAACCCAAUUAUCUAGAUAGAGAUUCCUGCGGUACAACUGCAUGGGGUGAUCGAGUGCUCUACGUCUGCCGAGAUACUGAGAUCUACGUCGAUCGCGAGAACACGACCAAAGGGACCGCUGCGUUUUUCUCCUCCUCCGCAUCGUAUAUUAACAAGAACGCCGAUGGGAGUCUCCCCUUUGAGCCCUACAAUUCGAGUGCCUACGGUGACUACGGAUACGAGAUGGGGUUCAAAUACCGUCUCCCGACGUAUGGAAACAAUCACAAUAUGUCUUUUUAUCCUCUUCAAGCGGAUGAAGAUCCACAAGACAAUGGUGGUAAUACGACAGCCGGAACUCGAUUUGUCAUCUGGCCAGACUCGCCUCCCCUCGUCUCGCCUCAGAACACAUCGUCGUCGUCGUCGACGUGUGGUGAUGGAAAAAUCAGAGCUUACACAUGGAUCAAGAAGGCUGAAAUUACAGAUCAUUUGAGCGUCGUCAUUCCUUAUCCUGCCACUUCGCUGUAUCGACUAGAUUAUGAUCCUGCUGUUCAAGGUCACGGUGACACCUUGCCAGAGGUCACCAUUGUUCAAGAAGAGUUCUUCAAGGAGAAUGAAUGGAAUUAUGGGACCUAUGGUAGCGUCUCUGGGAACGGUUAUUCAUACCUUUACGGACAGCCUCUCGCCGCUCCCAAUGUCUCCCUCGCACGCGUUCCUCAAGGUUCAGAGGAAAACGUGUCAGACUACGAAUACUUUGUCGGCGGUCAAUGGACGUCGACCAUGCCUGCACUCAACGACUCGGCAUCUUGGCUCCCUGAAACGUUUGGAGCUCAAGGAUCAUUCUAUUAUUCGGAAGUUUGGCAAUGCUAUGUCUGGAUAGGUCAACCUCAGAACAAUAUUGCGUUUGACGUCUUGAUCAGUACAGCGCCAGCACCUGAAGGACCAUGGACGGGACCCAAAUUGAUCUAUACCGAGAACGACCAUUUGACCGGGUUCCACUAUACUAUCCAAGCGAACCCUGCCUUGUUGUCGAGUCCCACGGAGAACGCCAUGUGGGUCAGUUACACACAAGCUAUCAGCGGGUACGGGUACAAUACAAUCUUGUACAAGUUUGAUUGGGAGUAA